AUGGUGGAUAAUCAGGAAACACGUGGCAUUCCGACUUUAUACGGCGGUGGGAAGUUGAUCAUCAGCAAAGUCAUCACCUUCUGUGUGUGGGCAGUCAAUUUCAUUUUGACCUGUGCGGAUAUUUACAUAUACUACUUCAUGCUGAAGGAAUACAUGGAUUGCUGGAACUGUUUGUUCAGGUCCUACAUGAUUAUCGCCCUAACCAUAAAUUUCCUAAUGGUACCGCUGCUGAUCUUGGGCGGGUUCUUCAUAUAUCUGGAGUUAGCCAGCGCAAUACGCAUUUACGCAACAGUACUCUUUGUAGCAACUUGGUUGCAGAUGAUGCUGACUAUACUGUUUGCGCAGCAGUACCAAACUGUAGCAGAUGUGCUUCGAAUUUGGAUAAAUGAGAAGAGUUUGGAGUUCUUCGAAAGCCGUUGCCAGUGCUGCGGCGUUUUGGGACCUGACGACUACAUUUUGGACGAGAUGGAUAUUCCGCUGUCCUGCUACCAGGAUCGCAGUGGACGGGAGGGGGACCUGUACCAAUCCGGCUGCUCCACGCACUACAUAAAGCCCUCGUUUCCCAUCAUCCAGGUGAUCUCAUUCGUAGUUCAGUAUGUAUUAGUCAUAUGCAUUGAGGUAUUCCUCAUUUUACUGAAAAGGAGCAGGGGCGUAUCGUCUCAGCAGCGCACCGAAAUGUUUGGUAGUUUGAAUACCUGA